AGCUAUCCAGGAAGCAUGGCAACCAUACCCAAUCCCACACUCAUAUAUUCUCCAAAAUCCUCGAAUCAGUUAACGAAUAUUCAAUUUUACAUUCGCUCCAAACCCUUCAGAUCGUCUUCAUCCUCGAGGUCUGGUUCAUUCGCCGUCAAAUGUAGUAACCCCGUUACUGAUAAUGGUAGCGCCGACCAGAGCAACAAUGGCGGGGGAUUGAAGAAUUUGCUCUCGGGUAUAGUCGACGAACGGGUAAACCAAUUGCUGAACAGCGAGGAAAAUAGAACUUUGUUAGAUGGAUUGGAUAAAGCUACACAGCGAGUUGAAUUGGCCAAGCGAGAACUUGCUCAGAUCGAAAAGCAGGAAAUAGAAAACCAGAAGAUAAAAGAAUACAUCAAUCAACUCGAAUCCAGAGCUUCCGAGAUUGAGGAAUGCCAGAAGGAGUUAUCAGAAGCAAGAGCACUGGUUGAAGAAGCAGAACGCUCACUUGAAGGUGAAGUCGGAGAUAAAAAUUCGAUGAUGACAGAAACAGAAAGAGAAGCGAUGUACAAAAACAAAGAGAGAUUUGAAUCUGUAAAAGCUGCUUCUAUCUCCGCCAUAGUCGGCACCUUGGCAGGCUUGCCUAUUUCCUUAUCUCAGGCGACCGACGCAUCACAGUUAAUCCUUCCGUCAGUUAUCACUCUCAUCAGCUGUGCGUUAUUUGGUGUUACUUUUCGCUAUGCUGUUCGUCGUGACCUAGACAAUUUUCAGCUCAAAUCCGGAACGUCGGCAGCUUUUGGCUUUGUCAAAGGUCUUGCCACACUAGCAGGAGGACCACCAAUGGAGUUGGAAGCUGGUAGCAUAUUGUCGCAUACUUUCAGUGGUGCUGUUUUUGUAUCAGAAAAUCUUCUAAUCUUCCUGUUUGCUGGCGUUGAGAAACUUGAAGACAUGAAGGAGACAGGUGAGAUUGAAAAAGAAAGAGAGGAGGUGGGACAAGAGAAGAAAGAUGAUGAUUAUGAUCAUCAUCUUCAAGCUUCAAAAAGACUGCAACCAUGGACAAAACAGAUCACAAUUCGUGGAGUUAUUGCGAGUGUUAUUUUGGGAUGCAUUUACACUGUUAUAGCCAUGAAACUAAAUCUCACAACUGGGAUUCCCUUCGUUCCCUUUACCAGACAUGAAAACACAAUGAUUCAAACAUGUUCAGUUGCUUGUUACAGCAUUGCCAUUGGAGCUGGAUUUGGAUCUUUCUUAUUUGCUUUGAACAAGAAAACAUAUGAGCUGGCUGGAGGAGCAAAUUCUCCAGGGACUUAUAAAGAACUUCAUGUUGGUUGGAUGACUGGCUACUCUUUCUUGAUCUGUUUUGCUGGUCUUUUUGUACUGAUUCCACUCCGAAAGAUCUUGAUUAUUGAUUAUAAGUUGAUAUUUCCAAGUGGGAUGGCUACAGCUGUUCUUAUCAAUGGAUUUCAUAGUCAGGGAGAUGACAUGGCAAAGAAACAAAUCAAGGGAUUUGCCAAGUACUUUUCAUUCAGUUUCUUGUGGGCAAUCUUUCAAUGGUUUUUCACUGGAAAAGGAGUAUGUGGAUUUGCCCACUUCCCUACUUUUGGAUUAGAAGCUUAUAAGAAAACAUUUUACUUCAAUUUCAGCAUGACAUAUGUGGGAACUGGGAUGAUUUGUCCUCCUAUUGUGAGCUUUUCUUUGCUGUUUGGAGCUGUGAUUUCAUGGGGUAUAAUGUGGCCACUUAUUGAAAACCAAAAAGGCGAAUGGUUUCCUAAUAAUGUUCCUGAAAGCAGCAUGGAAAGUCUGAAUGGUUACAAAGUCUUUAUCUCAAUUGCUCUUCUCCUUGGUGAUGGACUCUAUAACUUCACCAAGAUUCUAUAUUUUACAUAUGCAAGUAUCUACGGAAGAUUGAAAAGGGAAAAUCCCGGUUUAGCUGUAGGUAGCGAGAAGGAAGUUACAGAAGCCGAACGAUUACAAAACGAAGUGUUCGUCAAAGAAGCCAUACCAAUGUGGUUUGCAGUGAUUGGAUACACUUCAUUCUCCAUUAUCAAUGCAUUUGUAAUUCCCUUAAUAUUUCCAGAAGUCAAAUGGUUCUACAUCAUCAUAGCCUACAUAAUCGCUCCAUCAUUAGCCUUCUGUAACGCGUAUGGAAACGGAUUAACCGAUUGGGACAUGGCAUACAACUACAGCAAAAUCGGGCUUUUCAUGAUGGCGGCGUUGGCCGGAAAACACCACGGAGUGGUGGCGGGACUGGUGGGGUGUGGUGUUAUGAAGGCGGUUCUUUUUAUUUCCAGUACGUUGAUGCACGACUUGAAAACCGGUCAUGUGACGUUGACUUCACCUAGAACAAUGCUUUUAAGCCAAACGAUUGGGACAGCAAUAGGGUGUGUUGUGUCGCCUUUAACUCUUUCUUUAUUUACUAAAGCAUUUGAUGUGGGAAACCCUAAUGGGGAAUACAAAGCACCAUUCGCGAUAGUUUUUAGAAACAUGGCGAUUAUUGGUGUUCAAGGCUUUUCGGCUUUACCUAAACAUUGUUUGGAUUUAUGUUAUGGGUUUUUUGCUUUUUCUGUGGGGGUUAAUAUUGUGAAAGAUUUGUUGCCUAAAAAGAUAGGGAAGUGGAUGCCUUUGCCUAUAUGUAUGGCUGUGCCUUUUUUGGUGGGUGGGUAUUUUAGUAUUGAUAUGUGUGUUGGAAGCUUGGUGGUGUUGGUAUGGCAGAAGGUGAAUGUUAAAAAGGCUGAUUUGAUGUCUACUUCUGUGGCUUCUGGUUUGAUUUGUGGUGAAGGUUUGUGGAUUCUUCCAGCUGCGGUUCUUUCUUUGGCUAAAAUUAGACCACCUAUUUGUAUGAAGUUCUUGAGUUCUUGA